GAGAGACAGAGACAGAAACGGGGAGGAAAAAGAAAAACGCGAGGAAACGAAAAACUGAAUCUUUUUAAAUCGUUAACUCGCCAGACAAAUUCAACAACAAACGAUCGUUCACGGGGUCGACAAACAAAGCGACGAUGCCCUCUCUUCUUGAUUUCCAUUUCCGGAACAAGGUAACAAGAAGUCAGCAUUAGCCUCAGCGUAAUAGAACAUUGUGCAAAUUCAAUUGUUAAAGCAAGAUAAUUCUAUUUCGAUCGGACAAUGGCUCCUGCUGGAGGUACUUGCGAAGAAGUUCAUGAACCUUACACUGCUGUCGCUGAGUACAACGUAGUAAUCAGCAAACAGGAGACAAAUUCUACACCAGCAAAAUCUUCCAUUGUCCCACUUGGACAAGUACAACGUGGAAUUUGUUCAAAUGCUGGCGUAGAUGCUCUGCUUGAGUGCCCUGUCUGCACGAACUUAAUGUAUUCUCCAAUUUUCCAGUGCCUAAACGGCCACACUUUAUGCUCAACCUGCAAAAUUAGAGUCCACAAUGUUUGCCCAAUUUGUCGGAGUGAACUUGGAGAUAUAAGGUGUCUGGCAUUGGAGAAAGUUGCCGAGUCACUGGAACUCCCUUGCAGAUACAAGAAUUUGGGUUGUCGUGAAAUCUUCCAAUACUUCAGCAAGCCUGGCCACGAGCAGCAGUGUCAGUUCCGUCCAUAUAAUUGCCCUUACGCUGGAUCAGAGUGCUCCAUCACGGGCGACAUUCCAACCCUUGUUGCACAUCUUAGAGAAGACCAUAAAGUCGACAUGCAUAAUGGCUGCACUUUCAACCAUCGAUAUGUCAAGUCCAACCCACAAGAAGUCGAGAAUGCCACAUGGAUGUUAACAGUAUUUAAUUGUUUCGGGAGGCAGUUCUGUUUACACUUUGAGGCAUUCCAAUUGGGCAUCGCUCCAGUUUACAUGGCCUUCCUACGUUUCAUGGGCGAAGAGAAUGAGGCAAGGAAAUUUAGCUACAGUUUAGAAGUCGGUGGGAAUGGCCGUAAGCUGACAUGGGUGGGGAAACCAAGAAGCAUCCGAGACGGGCACCGGAAGGUUCGCGACAGUCUGGAUGGUCUCAUCAUUCAAAGAAGUAUGGCUCUUUAUUUCUCCGGCGGCGACCGGCAAGAGCUCAAGUUGAGGGUUGCUGGCCACAUAUGGAAGGAGGAAUGAGCAACUAAAGAGAGCAUUAUUUCUGAGGUCUGAAUCUUUACUCGCGGCUGUAUGAGCAGGGUGGGGCGAGGCACUUCUUUUUCUGGGCUGUGGAGGGGCUUCUUCUGACUACUUUUUCAGCUCGUGGAUCGACUCAAUCGUGCUUCUACGACAAUUUAUAUAUCCACUUGAGUCAUAACUCUUGUACAUAGAUUGAUACUUGCCAUUGCAGCAUUCUAAUACCAUUAAGGGC